CCCCACCGCGCCCCCACCUCCCCUUGCUCCUCCAAGCAGCAGAGACAGGGAUGUGGAGGGUAACUCUGCAGGCGCUGGGUGUCCUGCUGCUGGCCUGGUUCUUCAGCAGCUUCGUGCUCGGAUGGUUUCAACACAACAGUGGGAAGAAGCCUCAAACGCAGCACAGCGACAAGCGAGCAGGAGCUGCAGCCGCUGAAGAGAAGCCGGACCAGAGCUGCUUCUGCCAGCUGACGGGAGUCCUGGACGACUGCUUCUGUGACGUAGAAAGCAUCGACAGCUUCAACAACUUCAAGCUUUACCCUCGAAUCCAGAAACUGACCGAGAGAGAUUACUUCAGAUACUACAAGGUGAACCUGAAGCGACCGUGUCCCUUCUGGGCGGACGACGCACAAUGCUCCAUCAAAGACUGCCAUGUGGAGCCUUGUCCAGAGAGUAAGAUCCCAGUGGGCAUCAAGUCCGGGAACUACAACAAGUAUACUCAGGCUGCCAACACCAUGACAGAUAUCACAGAGUGUGAACAGGCCAAAGAGCUGGGAGCCAUCAACAGCACCCUGAGUAACCAGAGUAAGCAGGCGUUUGCUGAUUGGGCGAGACACGACGACGCUCAGGAUCACUUCUGUGAGCUCGAUGAUGAGACGGCUCCAGACGCCGAGUACGUGGACCUGCUGUUGAACCCGGAGCGUUACACCGGAUAUAAAGGUCCUUCAGCCUGGAGGGUCUGGAACAGCAUCUACGAGGAGAACUGCUUCAAGCCCAGAUCAGUGUACCGACCUCUGAACCCUCUGGCUCCCAGCAGAGGAGACGACGACGGAGAAGGUUUCUACACGUGGCUCGAAGGUUUGUGUUUAGAGAAGAGAGUUUUCUACCGACUCAUCUCCGGACUUCACAGCAGCAUCAACAUCCACCUGUGUGCCGAAUACCUGCUGGACGAGGGCUGGGGCCGCUCCGUCUGGGGGCCGAACAUCCAGGAGUUCAGGCAGCGCUUCGACACGGCGGAGACGAAGGGCGAAGGCAUCCGGCGACUGAAGAACCUCUACUUCCUGUAUCUGAUCGAGCUGCGAGCGCUCUACAAGGUCUCGGCGUACUUCGAGCGAGCCUUCGUCAACUUGUACACCGGAAACUCUCAAGAGGACGGAGCCACCAAGGAGCUGCUGCUGCAGGUCUUCAACGAGAUCAAAUCUUUCCCGAUGCACUUUGAUGAGAAGUCCAUGUUCGCCGGACACAAGCUGGAGGCCAAAACAUUAAAGGAGGAAUUUCGCCUCCAUUUCAAAAACAUCUCCAGGAUCAUGGACUGUGUUGGCUGCAGCAAAUGUCGACUGUGGGGAAAACUGCAGACUCAAGGUCUCGGCACGGCGCUGAAGAUCCUCUUCUCUGAGAGGGAGAUCAAGAACCUUCCUGAAAACACCCCCUCCAAAGGCUUCCAGCUCACCAGACAAGAGAUCGUGGCCUUAGUGAACGGCUUUAGCAGGUUGUCCACCAGUAUUCAUCAGCUCCACAGCUUCCGCCUGAUGCUGAAGGAGAAGGGGAACAGGUAACAGAACGCGACGCUCCACCUGACCAGCAGGUGGCGCCUGCCCACCGAGAACUGCAGCAGUCUAAUCGUGGCUCAGACGACGGCCUUUUAGUGACCAUCAGGACCAGCAACGAGCAGCUCCCCUCCUUCCUCCCCCCCCCCCCGAACCUGCUCGAUCUUGUCGCAUUAAUCUCUCGUUUUCCUGCUGCGACGUAGACGUUCGCUCCUCUACUUCCUCUCGCUAACGUCAGAAAAAAACGUCUCUCGGUUAAAGACGUUUUUUGUUUUGUUUUGUUUUGUUUUCAUUCUCUCUCUCUCUCUUUUAUUUUUUAAGUCUCUUUUUUGAGAAGUUGUGACAUUUGACGGCCUGAAGAGAAACGAUUAGACGGCGUGUAGCUGAAAGUCGACCAAACCGCCAGUGACGAGACUGCGGCCGACAGGAAGUGAUGAAUUUACACCGAGUUAGAUUCAAAGCAGUUAAGUCCUCUCUCUUCCUCUGCUGACUCACAUCCUGUUGGAUUUCUUACGACCACGUGAACCCGAUCCAGACCUUCUGUACGGAUGUAGAAACACUUUGUCCUGAUGAAGGAGUCUGUUAGGACAGACCCGGUUUGUCCUGAUGAAAGUGCGUCCGAACCCGUCGUGACGCUGCUGCCUAUCCUCCUAUUGGUUCGUUUGUCUGUUUGUCUGUUCGUUUCCUUCCUUCCUUCCUUCCUUCCUCUCCUUUCUUUCAUCCUCCUGUCGUUUGCAGAGAAGAUUGUCGCUCACAGUUUGAGGAUCUGGACCAAUCCGCUUGCGUUAACCAACUCAGGCCUCAUUCAUGUCAGCUCGCUAGGAGGUGUGUGUGUGUGUGUGUGUGUGUGUGUGUGUGUGUGUGUGUGUGUGUGUGUGUGUGUGUGUGUGUGUGUGUGUGUGUGUGUGUGUGUGAGAGAGAAAAGUUCGGCUCCUUUGUCGUCGCCUUGUUGCUAACAGCUGAUUUCACUAUGAAUUUAGUUCUCAUAUCGCUGCCUGACUCUGAUCUGUGAGGAAGAACGAAUAAAUGAAUGAAUGAAUGAAUUUGGUGGUAAAAAAAAAAACAAAAAAAAAAACCAAACACUAAAAACUGUUUUUCCAUUUAGAAACUGAAGCUCCCUACAAAUGUGAGUCAGCUCAACUUUAGUUUAAUAAGAAGUUCAAAGUCUUCUGAUGAGUUUCGCUUUGAAUCUUUUCCAUGUUUAUUUCUCUAGAAGCUUAAAUAAAAGAGUUUAAACGUUGGUAGAAACCUGAGUUGUGUUUCUGGGUGUUUUAUCAGUUUGAAUCUAUUUCUUCCCACUGAUGACACGAGCAAUGAUAAAGAUGAUAUAAAGAUAUUUGACUAUAUUUAAAACAUUUAAACCCAAAGAUCUCUAGCUUAAACAACUCAAUCAAUUAGUUGAUCAACAGGAAAUGAAUCAACCAAGCAACCAUUCAGGUGAUCUACUAAUCGUUGAAUCAUCAUUAUUCAUUCCCAGCUUUUUAAUAUUGAAGACUUGCUGCUUUUUUAUUUUCUAUU